CGUUUCGCCUCUGCGCUACCCAGUGUGUCCACUAGAGGGCACCGAAGUCACUGUUUUGAUAGACGUGUAGGAAGAAGCUGGACGCCAUCCGUUCUCGAAUCUGCUCAGGUCUUACAGGAGCCGGCUUGAAUUGAUAUUUCAGAACCAAGAUGACGACUGCACCAUAUAAUUAUUCCUAUAUCUUCAAAUAUAUCAUUAUUGGUGAUAUGGGGGUUGGAAAGUCUUGUUUGCUUCACCAGUUUACAGAAAAGAAAUUUAUGGCGGACUGCCCUCACACUAUCGGGGUGGAGUUCGGCACACGGAUAAUCGAGGUGAGCGGACAGAAGGUGAAGCUGCAGAUUUGGGACACGGCGGGUCAGGAGCGAUUCCGCGCUGUCACUCGCAGCUACUACAGAGGCGCCGCCGGAGCUCUCAUGGUGUACGACAUCACCAGGCGAAGCACAUACAACCACCUGAGCAGCUGGCUGACUGACGCAAGGAAUCUCACCAACCCAAAUACAGUGAUUAUUCUUAUCGGUAACAAAGCUGACCUCGAAGCUCAGCGAGACGUUACAUACGAAGAGGCCAAGCAGUUUGCUGAAGAGAACGGCCUGUUGUUUCUGGAGGCAAGUGCCAAAACAGGUGAGAAUGUUGAAGACGCAUUCCUGGAGGCAGCUAAGAAAAUCUACCAGAACAUUCAGGACGGCAGUCUGGACCUGAACGCUGCCGAGUCAGGAGUCCAGCACAAGCCCAAUGCUCCACAAGGCGGUCGACUCUCCAGCGAUACACAGCCUCAGAAAGAGGGCUGCAGCUGUUAAUGACCAUGGAGACUUCUUCCUGUCUGUCUCGUUCCAUAUCUCCCCUCUAAACCCACACCACACCACCACCCCCCUCUCUCUGUGUAGCGUCCACUCUCUCUUUCGCUUUUCUUUCUCUCUCUUUCGCUUUUCUUUCUCUCACUCUCUCUCCCUCUCUUAUAUUCUCUUUCUCUCUCUCGUUCACUUUUUCUCCCUCUCUCUCAUUUUCUCUCUCUUAUUCUCGCUUUCUCUGUAUGAUCUGUGUGCUCUACCUAUCCUGAUUGGCCAUGAGGUUAGAGUUUGGGGCUGAGCAGCUCUGAAUGAUGAAGGGCAAGCAUUCAUCAGCUUCUGUCAUGUUCAUCCCUGCCCUCUUAUCUCCACUCUCACUCAUUUUAUCUGUUCAUAAUGCACACGUCCCAGUGCACUUAGCAAACAUUCACAGGAGGACGAAUUCUCCACCGAACACUAAUGUAGAUGGGGGGGGGAACAAAACUGAGUUUAUCAACAAACGGGUUGAUGUGCAUAACUGUAAAUGAGACAUCAUGUGUACAGGAGUUGUUUAAAUAGUGGGGUAAUUUAAAUCAAAUGAAAUUUUGAUAUGCGUUAUUCUCGUUUAAUAGGAAAUGAAGUUUAGGCAGAAUCUGAUUUUAGAAUGUGCUUAAGAGAAAAUGCAUGAUAAACUGUUAUUGUACAUUUUGUUAAAAAAAAACAAAAACUCUGUUUUAAUUAGGAUUAAUGCAAUGUCACAAGUAACCAGUCACCACAUGUUUAUCCUUGUUUGUACCUACUCAAGACAUAUAAUAAUAUACAAAGUACUAUACAGGAUGAGUAUUGUUAAACAAACGAAAGCGCAGUGGUAAAAAAAAAAAAAUCUUGUUUUUUCGGGGGGUGAGGCAUGGGGUUGCUUUAGAUACGAGAUGUUUUAAGACCUAGAACAUUAAGAGUAAUAUAUUAAACAGGACACAUAUUUGAGUCUGUAAAAACUUUUUUUUUUGCACUUUGUAGCUUGUUUUCAGUGGCCUAGAUCUUUUCUGUUUUAUUAUCUUUAUAGUCUUAAAUGCUCAAAAAGCAAAGCGUCCAGUGUACUAUAGAGUUCAAUAUCUGUUGGUCCUUGACAUGUUCAACAUCCCUGAUUCCCCAGCAUUGUUAAUGUAAAAACUAGACCAGCACUAUCUAACCCUGUCAAGGAAAUAAACCUCUAAGUAGUCAAAAAGUGUAUUUACACUUCAUAUCAACGUGACUUUUCAGUUCUAGUUUUCUGUUGCCUUAUGUUUUGUGUUUGUUCUCAUGUCCUCUUUUCUUUAAAUCUUGAUCGGUUUGUAAAAUUCAUUACAUGAACAAGUCACUUGAACUUCAUGCGCAAACAUGCACUAAUAUUAGGCUUUUCCACCCCUUCUGAAGCAUUCCUUUGCUCUGUGUGUGUAUAUAUCUAAUUUUUUUACACUGAAUUUGAGAGUUAUAAACUGGAUUUGUGGUGUAAUAAACUGACUCUUGGUUCAGCUUUAGUUUAAACUAAUUGUAUUUUGGCAAAGUGAUUUCAUCUCAAUUUACUAAUCGUAAAUGCACCAGUUGACAUUUUUUCUGGACUCUUAUUAAGUAAAAGUUACUGCUUUUGACUAAAGAACGCAACACCAACCUGUGCAAUGUUUCAGUGGCAUUUCAAGGGGAUGAAAGUUAAAAGGAAGCAUUCCACAAAUGAUUUUCUGAGAUCUGUACGUUGCAGUGAGGUGGUAAAGGAGUACGUGUGAAAUGUUUUGUAAUCUGAAAUUCCUUUUCCUUUAUGAAAACCUAUUCUCUUGCUUUUGUCCCUCAUGUCUCAUUGACCUUUAAAAAAAAAAAAAGCAUAUUUAACCUUCUGCUUUGAAACUCUGAGGUAUGUCUUCUAUCAGUGGCGUUUGUAAUUAUGUUAAUAAAGACAAUGCUGUAGACUGUC